AUGACCAGCGAUCUUGAGCCGACAAUCACCAAGUGUUGGCUGAGAAUCCCCACGCAAGAGCCGGUCUGCGAUUCCGGGACCCCUGGAGGAAACAGCCUGGGUAGAAUGUCCAAUGAUCAUGUCCCUCCCAUCCAUGUCCAUCCAGACAUUUGCCGGCCCCACGUCCCCGAGAACAACCCCCCCCCUCCGAAAUUAUUCCCCCUCAUUCCCAUUACAGUAUUUCCUUCGUGUACAUCACUUGAAAGCUUUCCGUUUAAAGGGCCGUCUGUGCAGCUGCUGGCUCCUGAUUACCUUCUCUCCCAAGCCCCGCGUUCUUGA